CAUAAUGCUACCGGUAAAUGCUAAUCUAGCUACGUACCAGUUACAGUAUCUAGAGCUCACGUACGUAGGGUACGAUUACUCUUUCAGAACGUACGGUACGUAUUCAGGUACGGAAAGAUAUAUUUCAGAUUUUUUCCGAUUUAAUUUUAGAGCUUAUUACUUAUUACUGUACUGGGUACUGUAUUACGAUACGGCAGCACCGCAAGGUAAAAACUUCGUCGAAUUCGAUUCUGUAUUGUGGUACUGUACUUCGUGCUACUCCAGUCAACAGAUUUGGAUCCAUAAUUUUCUCUCUUGUUCCGAUCUUUUGAAUGUAAAGUACAGUAGCUGGUUUUGAGUUGAAGGAAGAUUGCUURUGAUCCGAGCUUCCAUAGGCGUAGUUCSUACUCAGAUGAGCACUGAAAAUAUGGUAUCAAYAAUGCUCAAUGUUUACGCUCUUAUCGUAUUCAGAUUUCAAAAUAUAGAAGAUCAGUAUUUCAAAAAAGGUGCUGAUCACUGAGUCGUAACAUUCGAAGGUUGUCACACAACAAUAUAUCAUGAACGGUGGUGAAGCGGCAACAAACUGAUAGGAGGAAUAACGACUGAACUGCAAUUCAAUUUUCACCUGUACCUUUCACUACCAAAUACAUAAGAAUUUUUCACAUCGUCGUAUAAGCCGAUAGCGCAUUACAAUUGCGAUUGACUCGAAUUUAAACGACGAUCGAUCUCUAGAAAAGAUUACAACUAUACGCUCGUCUUCAAUUACAAACCAAUUCAAUUCUAGUUGCUUUGGAUAUGGGGGAGCAAUGUUUAUUUUUUCAUUCAACUUCUUCUUCGAAUUCAUACUUCGAGUUGACCAAUCUUGAGUCGUCCGACCUUUCAACUAGAAACCAUAUUUUAUGGAUUCUUUGAAGAUUGUAGUAGUUCGGUCGUGAUGCCAAUCGUCGAAUUCAGCGAGGGAGUGAUAUUCCUCAACAAUCAUCCUUCGAAACUCGAACAUACCGUUCUAGCACCGCAAUCCGCAAUCCUAGUCGUACGCACCAUACAGAUGGGUUCCUAUGUAUUGUACUACACACCAUGAGGCACGAGUCGGAAACACUACGUAGCGGUAAAGAUGAAAGAUACAAGCUGCAACGGAACGAAACUCUUUUAAUUACGAAUGAAGAGAGACUAGUCGAAGAUUUUCGAUUGUCCUUUGUUUAUUUUUUUCUUGUAAUCUUGUAAUGCAGAAGUGGAUACUAUCCAAGACUGGAAACUCUAUUGAAUCCCUCACGCCGGACCAGCUUGUGCGAUAUCAUGCUCAUUUUUUGGAUCGAAAAUACCGUUGUAACUAAUCUCAAAAGAUUUUGUUUUGGUCGCAGUUGCAUCUCUACCAAGAAAUUAGCAAGAAAAAGGCAGGUGACCGUUGCUCAGAUUACAACGACUCCGUUCACUCUUAUUCUGCCUGGGGUGACGAAGUACAACGUUUUUUCGAUUCCGAUCGUACAAGCAACUCUUUUUCGAUCAGUGUGAUGUUCAUUGAAGUCUUCUUCUAUCCCGUUMAUAUACACACUUUUAAAUUCUCUUUUCAUCAGAAGGAACUACUUACAUCACGGUGUACUUGUAGCUCGUUCAACGUUUACGAUGAAGAAUCACAGCACUCUAGAGAGGAUGGCAACUUUGCUACUUUUGGUACCAGGGAUUGCCUAUGGACAGGGUAUGAAUACAAACCCUAUUUAUCAUGUCCGAUCAGUCGUUGGAAAACGAGAUUUGCAGACGCAGCUCAAUCCGCUCGAUAUGUUGCUCUCUUUCUCCGACGAUGGCGCAGAUAAGGAAGACGAGUUCUACCUAGAUCUCUUUGACACACCUGCCCUAUUGACAAACUCCGAUACCCCGWUASUGAUUUCAAAUGCGAUGAAUACUUUUCUCCUUGCCGAACUAAAUGGCAGAUUUGAUGAUCUAAACUCUGUUGAAAAGGUUUCUUCCGAGAUUUUCAGUUUGAGCGAAAGAAAUGGAACCUACGUGAAUUCGUCGGGACUAGAAGAUACUCGUAUAGGAACGGAAACAAGGAUGAAAGUGACACUUUCUUUUGAAUUGUUGCCAUCACCUAAGACUGAUGAAGUGAUUGAUCUUUUGAAAGACAUCAUGUCCAACCUUACAUAUUUUGUGACAAACUUGACAAGUUCUGUAAGCGACGACAACGAGCUUAGUGGUGUUUACGAGGCCAUUCGUAGAGAAAUCCGURAGCCUGYCUUCGUAACGCCCACUGACCAAACCAUUGUCGUCGAUAUUUCUGGCCAGAACAAAAAUGGCAGAAUUGGCAAUACUACCAAAAAAUACGUCUUGUCGGCUGUACCAAUAGUCCUUGUGGUAGCAGUUUUGGCCGCAGUUAUCGUCUUCUUUGUUUUCAAGAAGAAACGCAAGACUGUCGAAUCUGAGUCUGUUAAAGAYUCGGAAUUGAUGCAUAUGGAUGUUGAGAAUGACGUGUAUAGUAUAGAUAGAAGCGUGGGCAGUGCCGAAUCRCCCAAAUCAGUAAUUUCAAAGCUCAGUUCCACRAAACAAGAUGAAUCAAGUAUCCAACACAGCAUGUCCAAUGGAAGCGGAUUGAUUCCAGGCAUACUAAACACGCCAGGAACCCCGGGUACUCCUGGUACGCCAGGUACGUCGGGGACACCAKGUACAUCAGACACACCAGGAACCCCAGGUACUCCUGGCGCACUAUGUGGGGAUUCCGUAUUUUCGGGAAUCGACACCACGUUUACAGGAGUUACGUCAAGUGUUUUAUCACCUUCGUCAAUUUCAUCACCGAAGUCUAUGAUGACUGGUUUCACGUGUGCAAGUGGAUCGACAGUCCGUGCGUCCAAUAUUCCAAAGAAACAUAAAAAUACUACAAAUCCMAAGUCACCUGCUGGUGGUUCAGUCUUCGCAUUCUUGGAUCCUAUCGCGGACAAUGAUGAUGAAGAUGAUCAUGACGAUGAACUUGAGCUGAUGGAACGAGCCCAACCUGCCAUAAAAUCCAGUGAAGGUCAAAAUAACUCAUCACCUGUGAACUCGAAAAAUACAACAGAUAAAAGUGAGUCAUCAUCCUCUCUCGAAGGUGUCUCGAUAUCCCUUCCCGCCAAGCCGAACAAAGAAAACGAGAUGGAAGAAGACACAGCUUCGACUGAACCAGUUUCUCAUGUACUUGCUGAUCUGGAAAACAUGGAAGCAACUAUGACCUCUACUCCAAGAGACUCAACGCCUUCAAAGGCAUUGCACGCGGCAGAAGCAAAUAAUGCACAAGAUCUUACUCCAUCGAAGAAUGGAGAAUCCACUUCGCCUUCAGAGAGCGAAGAAACGAACCUASAARAUGGCCAKKUAAAACAGACUCUUCUUGUUGAUACAGRAGCAUCGAAUAAAUUGAGUCGGUUUUCAUCGACUCAACGCAAAAACAAGAGCACACCGAACUCUCCAGUUCUGGCCCGCACUAMAACAGSCACUCGUAGCGCACCUGGAUCUCCGGUUAAUCAAGCUGGUAGACCACAUUGGUUAAAGGCAUUUAGCAAGAAGACAUCAAGAAUCCCAAGAUCACCGAAAUUCGAAAACAAUGACGAUUACGAAAUGGAUCUUAGUAACCCUUCACCGACAAAAGAGGAUUAUGGUGAAGGACGGGAAUUGCACAACUUGGUAAAUAAGAAUAUGAAAAUUGUCGAUAGACCCCCACAAGACUCAGAAGAUUUCGAUCAUUCAGGACGUAGGCGCCAUGUUGGCGAUAAUGUUGUGGAUGGAUCUGCGUUGUACCAAGCAAGUGCAAUGCACCCAACAGACUGGUCCUACAAGUCAAGUGAUGCCGAUUCUGAUGGAGCUUCUACAAUCGAUGAAGAAGGAAGUCAAAACCGGCAAAAACUUCUCUCCAAGGAUGGAACUAGUACAAAUAAAGCUUUGAUGGAUGGCAAGAAAUCCACAUCAGCAAGCCGUCAGCUGAUUGAUGAUUUGGUCUGGCUAGAGAAAAAAAUUGCGACUGUUAAGAAAGAAUCUGCUAUAAGUGGAUCUCGAGGCGGAAUUGAAACCGACGAUUCUCUGUCAUUCGACUCGAAAGACAAAUAUGAAGAAGCAGACACUUCUCACGAGGAUUCCGACUCAGAUGUGUCGAAUAUCGUUUGCCGAGACUUAGUCGCACCACCCGGUAAGCUCCACAUCGUGAUUCAUUCGACCAAGGAUGGCCCAGAAGUGCACACGGUAAGAGAUGAAAGUAGUCUACAAGGUGAAAUUUUUCCUGGUGACUUGAUCAUUGCUGUUGACGACAUUGAUACAAGGACUUCUACGGCGGAAGAAGUGAUGACUAUGAUGGCAUCCAGAGGRGAUCGAGAGCGAAAAAUCACCAUCUUGCGUUUCAAAGAAGACGUCUGAGCAAGAGUUGUUCAACAGAGAAAUUCCGGAGGGGGCCWACAUUUUUCUAUCCCCGCGGAUCUCUCUGUAAACUUAUAUUAUACAUGUC